AUGAUACUAAGCACUACAAUCCUUUAUUUUUAGUUGACAACUAUCUGUUUGCAUAAAUAAUAUUUAUUAAAAGAAAUUGCACAGAAACAUAAUACACAUCAGAGUGCGCUCUCGCUUUUCUUAAAUAUUUGCAGCACCUUGUCGCGUACUUAAAUUUUUUUAUGGUUCGUACGUUUUCUGUUUUGUUUCAUCAGGACUAUUGUGUAUCACCUGGUGUGCUCUACUUAAUAUUUAUCGCUUUUUUUUGCAAACAAAACUUGUAUCAUCAAAUAGUUAGAAAGUUUGUAUUUAUCGCAUUGAUUUCUCGUUAAAAAAUAAUGUUAAAAUAACCAAUUCUGUUAUAUUACGCUGUUGUAUACGAUAUAUUACCGAAGUACGUGUUUGAUAAAAGUGCUUAAAAUAUGUUAUUGAUUUUUCAAUAGUUUGUGUAAACUUUACUGUGUCUUUAAAAUGCACAAUGUUAGCGCAGAAAAAAUAUACAAACAUCAUCACCGCAUGUAAGACGAACUUAUAGCGUUAAUUAAGUAAUUGAGAAAUCAAAGCAUGAGUAAUCAAAAUGGGAAAGCAAAACAGUAAAUUGAAGCCAGAAGUCUUAGAGGACCUCAAACAAAACACAGAAUUCACAGAUGCAGAAAUUCAAGAAUGGUAUAAAGGAUUUUUAAAGGAUUGCCCCAGUGGGCAUCUCUCCGUUGAGGAGUUCAAAAAAAUAUAUGGGAAUUUUUUUCCGUACGGUGACGCAAGUAAGUUUGCUGAGCACGUAUUUCGUACAUUCGAUGCCAACGGAGAUGGCACAAUCGACUUUAGAGAGUUUCUAUGCGCGCUGAGCGUAACAUCACGCGGUAAAUUAGAACAGAAAUUAAAAUGGGCGUUCUCGAUGUAUGAUCUAGAUGGAAAUGGUUACAUUUCCCGACAAGAAAUGUUGGAAAUCGUCACGGCAAUUUAUAAAAUGGUUGGUUCAGUUAUGAAAAUGCCGGAAGACGAGAGUACGCCAGAGAAACGAACGGAUAAAAUAUUUAGACAGAUGGAUCGAAAUAAAGACGGUAAAUUAAGCCUCGAAGAGUUCAUUGAAGGGGCGAAGAGCGAUCCGUCAAUCGUUCGCUUAUUACAAUGUGAUCCUCAAACACAUUAACUUUUAUAUAUAUAAAAAGUUAUAACAAGCAAUAAACAAUUAAUCUCAAAUACAUGAAAAAUAAUAAAGUUAAACUUGAAGUGAA